AUGGCGUCGUCUUCUUCACUAUACGAAGUCCUGGGGAUUCCGACGAGCGCAAACUGCCAUGAGAUCAAAGUAGCUUACAGGAGACUAGCAAGACUGUGUCACCCAGAUGUUGUUUCUGUAAAUCAGAAGGAAACUUCAGCAACCCAGUUCAAGAAAAUCCAUGCGGCGUAUUCGACGUUAUCGGAUCCUGACAAGCGCGCGGAUUACGACAGGGAUUUUUACAGAGUCAAGCGACGUUAUGGGUCAUCACUGUCAUCACCGUCGUCUCUGUCAAUGGCGGCUGCUGCUGCUGCUUGUUCUUCAUCGUCCCUGUCUGGUUAUAAUUAUACCUGCAGGAAUUGGGAGACUGAUCAGUGCUGGUAG